AAUCAUAACCGUUGGAUCAAAUCAAGAGAUAAAAUGGGGUAUUCAACUCUCUAUAAAUUAGAACGUGUAUGUAUUGAUCCAAGAAAGAAAAAGAGCAAAUAACUUGUAUUUCUCGAUAUUAGAGAUAGAGCAAAAGCUCUUUCAUUAAAAAGAAAAAGUGAAAAAAAGGGGGGGAAAUCCCAGUGGCCAGUAGGGAAUGCAGAGAGAUGAGAGGGGCAUGGUUGACGACGCCUGAGCUUUGUGGCCACGGUAAGCGGUCAAUCGGCGGCCGGAAUUGUCACCGGAAACACGUCGAAGACGGGUGAUCGAUUCGCGUACAUUGUAAAAAAAAAAGGGGGAAGAAACUUUGUUAUCUCAAUCUUUUGCUAGUUUUAAUCUUCUGUUUCUUUUUAAAGUUAUUUAUAGCUCGUGCUUAUGAAAAAAAUGGCGGAAAAAGGUAAAACCGAUCAUCCGGCUUUGCUUCAUGGAAAAUACGAGCUUGGUCGAAUGUUGGGUCACGGGACUUUUGCCAAAGUUUACCAUGCACGGCAUGUUACGACGGGGAAGAGCGUUGCCAUGAAAGUUGUGGGCAAAGAAAAAGUGAUCAGAGUCGGGAUGAUGGAACAGAUCCAGCGAGAGAUUUCCGUCAUGAAUAUGGUGAAGCAUCCCAACAUAGUCGAGUUACACGAAGUAAUGGCGAGCAAAUCCAAGAUUUACUUCGCCAUGGAACUCGUCCGAGGCGGUGAACUCUUCUCUAAGGUUGUCCAAGGUCGACUCAAGGAAGAUUUGGCCAGGGUUUAUUUCCAACAACUGACUUCCGCCGUCGAUUUCUGCCAUAGCCGUGGUGUUUACCACCGUGAUUUGAAGCCGGAGAAUUUGUUAUUAGACGAAGAUGGGAACUUGAAAGUCACUGAUUUCGGACUCAGUGCUUUCUCGGAACAUUUGAAACAAGAUGGGUUGUUGUACACAACGUGUGGAACGCCGGCGUAUGUGGCGCCGGAAGUUAUUGCUAAAAAAGGAUACGAUGGAUCUAAAGCUGAUAUUUGGUCUUGUGGGGUGAUUCUUUAUGUUCUUCUUGCUGGGUUUUUACCAUUUCAAGAUGAUAAUUUGGUGGCAAUGUACAGAAAGAUUUACAGAGGAGAUUUCAAGUGUCCGCCAUGGUUUUCCUCUGAAGCUCGUAGGUUAAUCACUAAGCUAUUAGAUCCCAACCCCAGUUCUCGAAUCACCAUAUCAAAGAUAAGGGAUUCUUCUUGGUUCAAAAAAUCCAUUCCCAAAACUGUUAGAACCAAAGAAGAGCUAGAAUUCGAAGCCUUCAAUGGCGACAACAAAUCAUCAAAACCCGAGACUCUCAACGCUUUCCACAUCAUUUCUUUGUCACAGGGAUUCGAUUUGUCACCUUUGUUCGAAGAGAAGAAGAGAGAAGAAGAGGAGCUUAGGUUCGCCACGACACGGCCGGCAAGCAGCGUGAUAUCGAGAUUGGAAGAGGUAGCCAAGUCGGUGAAGUUCAACGUGAAGAAAAGUGAGUCAAAGGUGAGGUUACAGGGUCAAGAAUGUGGAAGGAAAGGAAAAUUAGCUAUUGCUGCUGACAUAUUUGCAGUGACGCCAUCGUUUUUGGUUGUGGAAGUUAAAAAAGACAACGGCGAUACCUUCGAAUACAACCAGUUUUGCAGUAAACAGCUCCGGCCGGCGCUUCAGGACAUCGUCUGGACUUCACCGGCCGAGAAGCCGACGGUUGCUUGACGGGGAGUUUCAAGAUUAUUAAUUAUCUAGAUGAAAAUUGAAAAAAUAAAAAGAAAGAAAAAGGAAGAUUGGACGCUAUGUUGUUGUCACUCUUAUUUUAUUAAUUUUCAUCAUGUCUUACUAGGUUCGCUAUGUUGUUAUCACUCUUAUUUUAUCAAUUUUCAUCAUGUCUUGCUAGGUUUUGUGUUAUGAUCGGUAGGAUUUGUGUAUGAAUCAUUUGACUAAAAUUUUUAUUUAUGCUUA